CUGUUAUGUUUUACAGACGUAUUAAAGAUUUCUGUGCGAGUGAGCAAAAUAAAAUUAUUUCUAGUUUUAUUUUUGUUAAAAAAUCGGAUAAAUAACAAAAUUUGCGUGGAAAAACUCAAAUUUUGCUCAAAAUAUUAAACUUAACUGUUUAAAUUGGAUUUAAUUAAUCAGAAAGAAAAAGAAUGACACGAGGAAAUCAGCGAGAAUUAGCAAGGGCAAAAAACCAAAAAAAACUACAGGAACAAGGUAAAGGAAAAAGAAAGGAUGAUUUAACUGUGGAACAACGCAAGGCAAGAGAUGCCGAUUUAAUGCGAGAAAAGCAGAAGAAAAAAGAGAUUGCCGAAAAUCAAACAUCAAAAACUGGAAAGUGAAAUUUUUAGAUACUUAACAACUAGCCUUUAAAGUGAAAUAUCAAAUAUUGAAUCAACCAAAUCUCGUGUUUUUUAAAAACAUAACAUCCCUUUAAUUCUUGUAUAAUACAAAUUUUUUUAUUAUUGGUACCUUUAUACUUUAUUAAAUGCAUAUAUAUCUACAUAUGCAUAUAUGUAUAUAAGAGUA